UGCGUGUAAGGGAACCGGGAGGAAAAAACUGUAGAAAACACACAACCAAGAGACACUUACCUCUGGAAAUGGACCAAUUUACUUACCUAAUCUGUUUUUAAAUAACCAUUUUAAUAUGCUGCUUUGUAUAUAACGGGUUAUUGGACCAGAACACGACGGGACUAAUGAAUGUUCUGUGAAGUAGCCUUGAGCACCAACCAUUUGUUGAACCUGGGUCUGUCCUAAAUUCAGGUAAAGAUGAAUGCCCUGGUGGCUCUCUGCCACUUCUGUGAACUCCAUGGCCCUCGAACACUGUUCUGCACCGAGGCACUCCACCCCCCAUCCCCGUCCCCUUCAUCUCAGGCUGGGAUCCCUGCACCUGGGGAUAGGGACAAAGACGGUGACCGGGAAGGCGAAGGGCUGACCAUGAGAGCCAACAGCUCCGCCACACAAAGAGGAGAAAUGUGCGAGGGAUGUCGAUCACUACCUGCGUCUCACCCAGGCUUUGUGAGCAUUGAUGAUGAAACUGGCAUACGCUUUCUGAGCCACCAGCAUCCCAGACAGCCACAGCUUUUCAGUGUUGUACGCCAGGCUUGUGUACGCAGCCUCAGCUGUGAGGUGUGCCCUGGUCGUGAAGGGCCAAUUUUCUUUGGAGAUGAGCAGCACGGUUUUGUGUUCUCACACACCUUCUUUAUCAAAGACAGCUUGGCCAGGGGUUUUCAGCGGUGGUACAGUAUUGUCAUGGUAGCCAUGGACAGGAUCUACCUUAUCAACUCUUGGCCUUUUCUUUUACGCCACCUUAGACUCACUAUACAGAGCCUGCAAAGCACUGCCCUCAAGGUAUUUGACAGUGAACAAGGAGUUGGGCCUCAACGAGCUGUGAGAAUGAACAGUGUGUUUUCACCUGCAGUUUUCCCUCACCAAAGAAGUGGCAACGCAGCCCGAUCACUAACUUCUCUUACUCAGCAUCCCAACCUCUGGGCAAGCCUGCACUCCUCCUUUAGCUGGCUGCUGAAGGCCUGUGGCAGUCGUCUGACAGAGAAACUGCUUGAGGGGGCUCCUACUGAGGACACACUUGUGCUUAUAGAGAGACAGACAGAGCAAGAGGAGGAAAUGAGCUGCUGGGAAGGUGCAGAUGGAGGAGUGUCAAACUCACAGAGGUACCAGUCAGGCAGUGAGCUGGACCACGAUUUCCUGUGUGAUGAGGCAAAGCUAGAUGAAUUACCUGGUCCAAAAUUUAGGUCACUGCGACACUUGAGACAGGUCCUUGGGGUUGCUGAGUUUCGGCAGCUAGCGUGGCAUGUGCUCAUGGGAAAUCAGGUUGUAUGGAGAGGAGCACACCCCACACUCAUCCAGUCAGCAUUUAUAGUUCUCAAGUCUUUGCUCCCUGUCGGCUGUGUGCGUUCUGUGCCAUACAGCACUCAGUAUGAGGAGGCCUACAAAUGUAACUUCCUGGGUCUCAGCCCAGAUGUGCCCAUUCCAGCCCAUGUCAGCUCCUCAGAGUUUUCGGUGCUGGUGGAUGUCAGCACAGAGAGAAGUAGCCAGAGCUCAUCUGUAGGAGAUGAAGAUAUAUGCUCAGUUUUUCAUUUUACCAUCAGCAGUGCCAACACGCAGCCCACAGACAAGGGCCCAACGUUACUCACCAAGCUUGAAUUAGCUCUGUCAAACGAGAACUUGUCUGUGGACGUCGUAUCUCACUGCCUGCUGUGUUUGAAGGAAGAGUGGAUGAAUAAAGUGAAAGUGCUGUUCAAGUUCUCUAAAGUGGACGGGCGAGGGAGGGAGGACACACAGAGGGUUCUGACCCUCCUUGGUGCCACGGGAGCUGGCGAAGAAGACAAUGUCAGGCUCCUCAAGUUCUGGAUGACUGGACUCAGCAAAACCUACAAGAGCCAUUUAAUGACAGCUGUCCGGGGAGGGGAGAGGAGCCCCAGCCAGUGACAAAGGGAAGAGGAAGAGGAAGAGGAGGAGGAGGAGGAGGAGGAGGAGUGAGCACAGGGUAAAGAAAAGGGAGAUGAAAAGAGAGGUACAUACUAAAGACAGAAAAGCAAAAGCAAGAAUGUGUUUUAUUAACUGUUUGAGACUUUUUGUAAAACGAAAGACUAUGAAUGGAUGACAGCUUCAACUCAUCCAUUAUUCUCUGAAGUAAUGAGAAAUGUUUCAUGUGUCUAACCCUAAUUUUUUAUCCUGCACAGAUUAACUCUCAAUAAGGAUGUAUGAGGGCUUUUAUUUGUCAAAGGGAAUUAUUGUAGAACAACUACUUAUUUGUAUAAGUUUCAUUUAUUUAAAAAAAAACAAAAAAAAAAAACACUUUGCACUUUGUUUACUCUUUCACGGAAUUUUAAAGGGAAAUAAAUUAAUGUGAAUGGUCA